UCACAAUUAAACUUUUACAACUCUUUCAUUGCCAAUGACAUGGAUUUCCACUGAUAUAAUAAUAAUAAUAAUAAUAAUAUCUUCAUGGUUCUAGAAACCUCAUUUAGGAUUGUUUUAGACUGGUAGGUGAUUUUUGAAAACUAUCAUCUGUUCAUGAGACCUUUCCCAGCUGUGACCGAGAGACCCGGUAUCCAAAGUUUUGAAUUGCUCAGAAACCUGUUGAGACAAUUGUGAUGAUGCACACGGUGGCUGGAGCAGCAAGUAGACCAACUGCCUCCUAAUUUCGUCGCACGGUUAUGGGUGGCGCGUGAAGCAGCAGGUGUCCUUAAAGUUUUGUUGCAGUUAUACCUCGAGCUCUUCGUUUUGCCCAGUAUCAGCCACCUCCAUUACUGCAGGAGCUUCUCUUCUCAUGACCGCGUUUACGCCGACCUUCACCUCGAUGUUGUGUUAUACCUCUCUGCCGUGCGCUUCUAAUGGUGGCAGAAUUGCUGCAUUUGGUUGAGUUGUUGCAAUGCCAAGAGAUGUUUUCUUGGGUGCAGUGUCGAUAAUCCGUUUGCCUGCGAGUUAUUAUCCCCAUUUCUGUUCUUCGAUGUUGAACCUUGUAAGAUGGCUAAGAGACGUGCUCCGUUAUAUUAAUCAGAAUUUCUUUAAAUGUACUUUGUGGCUUGUCAUUGGUAGUGUCAUUAUCAAUGGUGUUAACGCAGUGUUAGUUUUGUUUUGCCAAACAUCGGACCUCAUCGCAGCUUUGCGUGCCUAGUUCAUUUAGCUGUUUAAUUUUUAUUUUUGGUAUGAUUUGUAGAUUUAUUUUUAAUUUUUUUACUUUUUAAAUCAUUGUAACUUCUUUAAAUGCCUAGGAGGAGAUUUGAAUACUUCAUAGCUAUGUGAUGCAUGAAGGGCAUUAAUAAUGUGCUAGGAUGAUGCAUUGCAAGACUGUUCUGUUUGUGCCUGGAAUUCAUCGCCUAACCCUAUUGUUUGUCUUUGUUCGCACCAGAAUGACCCCCUAUUGAAUGUCAGUAGUUGUUAGUGGCCUCCUGUCCGCAUUUGUACUAUCGGGUCAUACAGCGUAUUACUCUGAGUCUAAUCAUCAUUUGUGUUGAAUAUUUAUGUCUUGAACAUAAGACCUAGAUGUGCUUUAUGAAUGUGGAAUCAGCUAUGAGGGAAAGUAGGCAGUCUUUUUGGUAUUUUUUGCCUCUUUCAUCUCAGUUGGGAUAAUUAGGUUCAACAGAGCUUUUGGUUGAUCAUCUAAGUCCUGUCAUGCCAUCUAUCUGCAAAUUGGUAAUAUGUUCUCGUUCUUUAUCGCCUGUCUGUUCAAGCAUGAGUCAGUUCUCAAUGUAUAAAUUUCAUUUGUAUGAUUUUUCCACACCUCUCUAUGUCCUUUCAUGGAGAUGGGUCAAAUUUCCAAUAUAUUUGAUUACCUUUACUCCAUAUUAAAUUACAAUUCUGUUGCAGAGUUCAUAAAGUAGAAGUGGAUUGGCAAGUUGCAAGUUCCUCAACAGUCACCCAAUGUAUAUGACAUAAAAUCUCACAUACAGUAUUAUUCUCUAAGCACUGUGAGCUUUAUGUUCAAGAAUUCUUAUGAGGAGACGUCAUGGGCUUUGUUCAUGAUGGUGCACUUAAAAAUAUUAAGGCAUAAUGCCCUCUUUGUGUUGACUCCAGCAAUUCAAUUCUUUAACUUACAUUUUGGUUGUCACUUUUCAUGCUUAGUUAAGUCCAUUCAGUACCUUUAUAAUAUUUGCUGGAGCUUCAGCCAGAAGCUGUUCUCACAGGUUGGUUCUGUGCUUGAAUGUCCCACUUGUCACACGCCCGUGGUUUGUUGAAAAUUGGCUUUUUUUUUAAUGCUUUAGUAUGUAAACUCGUAUGACAAAAAAUGGCUUCAUUAUUGUCAGAUUUCAUUGGAGAAUGUAAUAUGUCCUCUAGAAACAGGCUGGCUGCUUUACAUAAUGCACUAGCAUUCACUCUCAACAACCAUGCUGGAUUAGCUCUAAUGAGACACAACCUCGAACUGUAUGGUUACCAAGCUCGACCUCUAAAUAUGGGACAAGUUCCACUAAUACACAGUCCAUAGAACAUCCUACUGAUGGAACAAAAGGUCACUACACAACACAGUGAGAUUCAAAAGCUUUUAACAGAGAAUCAACAAAUUGCUGUCACGCAUGUGGCACUUCGACAGGAGCUGGCAGCAGCUCAACAAGAGAUUCAGAGGAUGCCAUCCAUAAUUCUAGGACUUCAAUUUUUUGGUUGCAGAAGUGCCUUCGGCUAUGAGAAAAAGGCAAAUGCCGAUCAGCUUGUUCAGCGGCAGGCAAUGGAAAAGAACUUGGUUAGCAUGGCCAGAGACGUGGAAAAGCUUCGCGCAGAGUUGACAAAUGCAGAGAAGCGGCAACGGCUUAAUCCUGACUAAGGAGCUUCCGCAUACACUGAGGUCUUUCCGGGCACUGACUUUACCUACAACUCAAUACAACAGCAAGUCUUUUGUGAUAACUAUGGCCUUCAUUCUUAGGUACGUAUUGCGGUCUUUAUGCUGAUGAUUGUACCCUGAACCAUUUUUCUUACCAUUUACCAACUAAUGAUUCCAAGGUUGAUCUAUUUUACUAUUUUCCUUAUUGUGUUUCUUAAAUGAAUCGUGAGUUUAUGUGAUUUUAAAGAUUGAGAUCCAGUAUUUUGAAAAUUUCACCAAAAGCAAAAAUAACUAAGCCCUGUUCGUUUACUCUCCAUUUAGCGACGGACGCCUUUCUAGCAAAUUGAGAAUAUUGCGCAAGAGUCCUUUCGCACUGAGUGUUUUUCAAUUUAAACGAGAGAAUACCUAACUACCUAAGAGACCAAAAAUGUAGUCAAGUUUUCAGAUUUUAAAUACAAGCAUUGUUAGAGUUAGCCUCGAUUUGGACCUUGGACACAAACAAGUUUUCUUGUUCUCUGGUUCGAAUAUCUGCAAGAUACCUUCAAGUGAGUUCUUUCAAUGAAUUUAGUUCUUGCAAUGUUAUGUAUCUAAUGUAGUAGUUUGUCAACUUCACCAUAAGAUAUAGUUUGUUUAUCAAAUUUUAUCACUAUCCAAGAUAACUCGAUCAUAUAUUCAAAAAUCGUAUACAUUUUCAUGAUAUGUAGCACUUGGGAUAUGGGAAUAAAAUUUAGGAGCGAUGUACAGUAAUUAAGACUCGUGAGGAAAAAAAUUAAACUUACAAUGAAAAUUAUCUAUGCAUACCUUGAAAGACUCAGUUCUAUCAAGUGUGACCAAGAGAGAGGGAACUCUGCCGUCACAGAUUAAUAGAAAUCCAGCGAUAAUCAACAUUUUCUUCCUUUCUACUCUGCAAAGAUAGGAGUUUGUGAAGCCUGUUUAAAAGUUCAUAUAUUUCUGGAAUUUGUUUUUCCUUUUCAAGGUAUAUUUGAUUCAGUUUGAUGUGAUGGCACUCAUGAGUAUUUUGAUCAUCAAAUAAGUAAUGGAAUAUGUGCUUCAAAUUCUUACACCUUUUUUUCCCCUUGUUAAUAGAGAGAUUCAAAAACAUGGUUUUACUCCCAGAGAUA